AUUUUUGUUGUUUCUUUAUGUCUGUACUUAAAAAAUAAAAAUAUUGGUAAUUGAACUGCAUUAUACUAAAAUUCUUUGCUGACCAUGCCACGAUGUCUCUUUGUCCGCUUAAAUCAUUUUGGUCUCUUGGAUUCAGUGGAUGUAAACAAUAGGUGCAUAAUACUAUUACUAGUGGUUAGUAUCAGCUAGGAGGGUUAUGUCGUGCUUUUGAUCCGUGGUCUCCACCAUUAGGUGAUUGUGUUUUAGUUUUUAAAUGAAAUUUGUCUGCAAAAGAUAGCUACAAAACUCACUCUUCGCCCACCAUCUUUUUAUGCCUAACCAAUCACUCUAAGUAUCGUGGUCACCGUGUUGCCAUUUUUCCUAUGAUGCAUUUUAUUAUAAUUGUUAGUGGUGGUAAAUAAUGCCUAAUCUUUAAGUAGCUUAAUCAUUUCUGGUAUGUGCUAGAAUGCUAAUCUAUUUUCAGAUUCUUCCACCCUAGAUCCUAUAUGUAACCAACCUACCACUCUUAGACUGCAAUCCAAUUCAAGGAUCUUGUUUUGUUUCCAUAUAUAAUAAUGUCUGAACUGCAAGAUUCUAUAAAGCUCCCAGUAUUAGAUCUAACCCAACCUUCUGAACCCUCUUUUCUAUCUUCCCUCUCACAAGCCUGUCAGGAAUGGGGCUUCUUUUAUGUUACCAACCAUGGCAUCCCGCAAAAUCUAUUUAACAAAGUUCGUGCACUUUCAAAUGAAAUAUUUAGCCUUCCUCCAGAUACGAAGCUCAAACUCGGUCCAUCAUCAUGUAUCAAAACAUACACACCCUAUUUCAUAGCUUCUCCCUACUUUGAGAGUUUAAGAGUUAGUGGUCCGGAUUUCUUUGCCUCUGCUAAGGCUUCUGCUAAUGAACUCUUUGGCCAAGAGAAAUCUGAAUUUAGUGAGAUAUUACAACAGUAUGGAGACAAUAUGAUGAACUUGUCAAAGAGAAUCGCGGAGAUCAUAUUAAGGAGUUUAGGAGAUGGUUAUGAAGAGAAGUUCUAUGAGUCUGAAUUUGGUGACUGUCAUGGAUAUCUGAGGAUAGUAAAUUACACACCACCAGAUGAUGUGGAAGAAAGGGAAGUUGAAGGACUCGGAAUGCACACUGAUAUGAGUUGCAUAACAAUUGUGUAUCAGGAUGAGCUUGGUGGGCUCCAAAUGAGAUCCAAGGAAGGGAAGUGGAUGGACGUACGCCCAUGUGAGAAUUCCUUAGUAGUGAACAUAGGAGAUCUUAUGCAGGCUUGGAGCAAUGGGAGGUUAAGAUCAUCAGAGCACCGAGUUGUUUUGAAGCAGUUCAUGAACCGGUUCUCUCUAGCAUUCUUCUGGUGCUUUGGGGAUGAGAAGGUAAUCUUGGCACCAGAUGCAGUUGUGGGAGUUGGGAACUCAAGGGUUUACCAUCCAUUUGUUUGCUUGGAUUACCUAAAGUUUAGAGAAAGUAAUGAGGUUGGUAAUUUUGACAAAAUAGGAUACACUGUAAAGGAUUUUGCUGGGUUAAAAGUCGAAGUGCAGUGAUUAGUCAUGAAUUCUUAAAUGUUGCCUGUUGUUUGUUUUCUCAAUGUAUAUGGAAAUCCAUCAUUAGAAUUGUGGGGUCAAUAAUUUAAUUAAUCCAAUUGUGAAUCAUGUGUUGUUGACUAGCAGUAGUAAACUAAUGUAUUGUUUUCUAUUUAUCA